GUUAACCUUUAAGUAAAGCUUGAGUGAAAACCAUUUCAUGGCAGCACAAAACUCAAAACCUUUGAGAUUUGGCACUAUUUACGUAUUCAACCAAAGUAAGCAGAAAGCUGAAUAGUUUUUUGUUUUUUUUUAAAGACAGCUCAUCCUCCAUCAUUGCAUGUGAGCUCACAGCUCUUAAUUAUUCAAAUUACAUUGUUUGCUUAGGAAGCAUCAACUCUUGCACCCUUCGUUCCUCCAAAAGCUGUGCAAAUCCUCAUUUCAUAGAGAAAUGGAGAUGUCUAUCUAGUGUUUCCUUAUUUUUCUGCAGGAAGGCACUAGGCUUGUUGACUUCCUCUCCCCUCCCUUCCUUCCUUCUCUCCGAAGGUACUCAUCUGAAAAAUGAGAACAAAGUGAUUGUUCCUGUUCUCUUUCUUAAGUCACUUCAAAUGCUAUCCGUGGACGGGCGGCUCAUUGUCUCAUUGAGUUGCAGUGCAGGCAAGAGGAAGAGAACAUAGGUCCAGGUACAACAGCAGUAGCAGCAGUAGCAGGAGCAGCUCUUCAGCUACAGCAUCACAGAAAACUCAGCCUGCUCCACUCAGCUGAAAGGAGAUGGAAAAAGAUGCAGUGAACUUCUCAGCAGGUGGAAGUCCUCCCCUCAGAGAUGAGCCGGGACAAACGUCUCAGCGUAAUUUCUAUGUAAACCCAGCCCCUCUUUAUAUCAAGCCGCAAGGAUUCUCCCCACCCGGUUACCCCAGCAUAUCAUCCACAAGAGCCGCCUACGGGGCUUUCAGUCCACCUGCGUUCUUUCCCAUGCUCGCCCCUGGUUAUAGCCAAAGGGAAGGAUCCAAGAAACGCAAAAGAACUCUUCUGAAAAUGGACCACCUGCACGGUGAAUCCCCUCACAAAGAGACAGAGAAGGAAGAGGAAAGUGGCAGUAAGAAGACGGUGGACCUUUCCCACUUCUUUUUCGCCCUCCCACCUCGCUCCGUUUCAUCCCCAUCUUCUAAGGCGGUUCCUGGGAUGAUUGAUCUCAACAGGCUGCAGCUUCAUCACAGGUCACCAGGUGUGAAUGUACCUGUGCAGGUGAAGCAGGAGCCUCUUAGUCCUUCCCCUGUUUGGCCCCCUUCUCCUCUGCUUCUCCACCCACCUUACUUCUCACCGCUUCCCCACCGGCUUCUCCCAUACCCCUUAUUCAUGCCCGGUCCCUUCAUGCACCUCUCCUCUGGAGCAUUCUACCCCAGAGAGGACCUCCGCCCCGGUCAGGCCGCCUGUGACGUAGCCCCUCGCCAUGGGGCGAGCAGCACCGAGAAGCUCAGCAUCAACGUGCACGUGGACGACAGCUACUACGUCGAUGUCGGCGGGGACCAAAAACGAUGGAAGUGUCGGAUGUGUGAGAAGUCGUACACCUCCAAGUACAACUUAGUCACACACAUCCUGGGGCACAACGGCAUCAAGCCGCAUGGGUGUCACCUCUGUGGGAAGCUGUUCAAGCAGCUCAGCCACCUGCACACGCACCUGCUCACACACCAGGGCAUGAGGCCUCACAAGUGCCAGGUGUGUCACAAGGCCUUCACCCAGACCAGCCACCUCAAGAGACACAUGAUGCAACACAGCGAUGUGAAGCCAUACAGCUGCAGCGUAUGUGGCAGAGGCUUUGCUUAUCCCAGCGAGCUCCGCGCGCAUGAGCUGAAGCAUGAAAAAGGGCAGGAGAAUGUGUGUGUGGAGUGCGGGCUGGACUUUCCAACUCUGGCCCAGCUGAAGAGACACCUGACUGUCCACCGUGGUCCCACCUUGUACAGGUGUACGGAGUGCCAGAAGACUUUCCAGUAUCCGAGUCAACUUCAGAACCACAUGAUGAAACACAAAGACAUCAGGCCAUACAUCUGCAGUGAGUGUGGGAUGGAGUUCAUCCAGUCACACCACCUGAAACAACACAUGCUUACUCACAAAGGGGUGAAGGAGCACAAGUGUCGCAUCUGCGGUCGGGAGUUCACGCUGCUGGCCAACAUGAAGCGCCACGUCCUCAUCCACACCAACAUUAGAGCCUACCAGUGCCACAUGUGCUUCAAGAGUUUCGUCCAAAAACAGACGCUCAAGGCUCACAUGAUCGUCCACUCGGACAUCAAGCCCUAUAAAUGCAAGCUUUGUGGGAAGGAGUUUAACCGAAUGCACAACCUGAUGGGUCACAUGCAUCUCCACUCAGACAGCAAACCCUUCAAAUGUCUCUACUGCCCGAGCAAGUUUACUCUGAAGGGAAACCUCACCAGGCACAUGAAGGUCAAACAUGGAGUCAUGGACAGGGGGCUGGAUGAAAGAUUGUUUCAGCAAAGACGCCGGCUCUGCCUUUCAUCCCCUAUGGACCUAUUCACUCACUUCAGCCAAGAGGAGCCGUUUGACCUCUCCCAGAAGCCCCCGGGCCAUUCCAGCCUGUGUCUCUCCCAGUCUGAUGGCGAGAGCGUCCCGGGGAGCUCCUGCCAGGAGGAGGACGAGGAGAGUUUGUACAGAAGAAGCCAGUACAGCCCUGAGGUGGACCAGCAAGAAGCAGCAGGCGAGGAGCAGUACAUCCCAGAGCUGCAGGGGAGCAGACAGCACCAUACCAAGGAAGUGAAACCAGGCAAGACACAGAUGCAUCAAGAGUCCCAGCAAAGUUCAGAGGACGGGACAUCUGAGGGGGAAACAGCAGUAGAACCACAAUCUGUACAUCCCAGGGGUGACCAGAUUCACCUCUCACAGUCAGAGACGUCGUAUGAAUCUGAUUCAGACCUGGAUGAACAGGUGUAUCACCCCAAAACAGUCUGCAGACAAUCAUAUGACUCUGUUUCAGAAGAUCAUCAGCAAGGCAUAGAUGAGUCAGAGCAAAGAAAAUUGCAGUUUGAUGGCACUUAUGAGGUCUUUGAUGAAACAGAGAAACAGUAGAACCGACCGACACACCGGUAAUUUCGUGCAAACAGAGGAAUUUACGGGUCACAGGAUGAACAGUGAGAAAAAAUUCAUCAAAGACUGGGAAAAAGAUGCCGGUUUAACGGGAAGUUGAUUUUUUUUUCUUGACAGGAAAGCAGAGAGGAUGUUCAGGAGACACUCCCCUGUGGAGAAAGGAAAGUGUGUAGGUCUCCAAGCAAAAGUGAUUGUAGAAGAUGCGGUAUAGUAGUUUAAGAUUUUAAAAGAAGCAGACAGAUACAAACAUAUAUCGGAAGAUGAUGGAAUAAAAAAUGAAGUAACCCAAAACUGUGAAAUGUGUACAGUACUGUAUCAUAAAUUAAUAACAAUCUUGAGUAUUGCAGAUCGAAGUGGAUUCAUGAGAGAAAACUGUGAUUAGUACGUUUUGUAAAUAAAAACUAAUAAUCAGAUGAUCGUGUUUGAUUUUAAAACCACAACUUUUUUAUUUGUUUGAUUCUUAAUGUGAAAUGAAUGCGGGAUGAGAGCUAACGUUAUUUCCUAUGUGUAAUGAUUUAGGUUUUCUAAAACUUAAAUAUUUUGACAAACCUUAUGAUUCUUUAUGAACUGAGCUGUGAUUUCUUUUUUUUUCUUUUAAUUAUAAUGUUUAAUCUGUACAAUUUUUUUUUUUGUUCAUUUUUGAAAUUGAUGAUAUCUGUUUUUAUUGUAAGAUGAUGGUGGUGAUCUGAAUGUGAUUCUGUGAACCAUAUAUGAAAUAAAACCUUGAA